AUGCCAGUGUCCAAAGGCAAUCUCACCGGCACACGCGACCCCAAAGCGGUGCCCCAUGGUCACUGGGACUCGUUUUCUGAAGAACCAUUCCCUACAUACAACGGCACAAAGUCCAUCAUAUACCGCUCCGAGGACGGAAAAGUGGUGGUUGGCAUGCUUAGAGAGAAAGGCAGGGACACUCUGAAGUGGCCAGUCGACGAGUUCCUCUUUGUCACUCAAGGAACAAUCAACAUUGAGGUGCAUGGUGGAGAGGCAUAUACUCUAGCCAAGGGGGAUGUCAUGGUUAUGCUCAAGGGUCAGGUUAUUACCUUUGAGUGCAGCGAUGACUUUGCAAAUGUUGCUGUCUUUAUGGAUCCGGAUGAAAAGGUCACACUCGUCUAG